AAAAUAUCCGUAAUAGCAGUGUAUUAGUUAGUGAAAAUAGUCUUUGGUUACCAGCUGGAAGCGAUUCCAUAUGGGGUCAAACUUUGGAUGCACAAGCUGCUAGUGCGGCUAUCAUAUUAAUGAAUUUUAUGACUGAAUUCACAAUCGGUGAAUAUUAUGGCUAUCAGGCAAAUGGAAUCGGAAAUUUGGCAUUGCUUCAACAGUGGAGAAAUGAAGGCACUACAGAAGAGGGUAUAAGUCGUGUGUUUAAGCGACAAUGGACUGACAUUAUGACAAUGAUGGUAACUCACACCAGUCAGGCUAAGAUAGCCGGUCCUAUUCAACUUUUGGUAGAUAAGACUUGCUACAAUUUAUAUCAUGCAACACAAUUUUAUAUAGCUAUUGUUGGAAUAAUGAUAAUGCUAUGUGUUUCAAUGAUAAAUAUUAAAAACGAUAAAAAAGAUAAUAAAGCAAAAAGUGUGAUUCCAUUAACAAUUGAACAGAUAGUUCAGUAUAUGAAUCUUGGUAGAAUAAUAGCAUCCAUAUAUAUGAACAUAAAUAAUAAAGAUAUAAAG